GUAGUCAGGAAGGAGCAGCGUUUAGGAAACCGAUGCUGAGUUUCGUUACUUACUUAAGAUUUUGGUCAGAAAACAGAUUUAUAUGGGAUUUUCGUUUAUAAGGAGUUCUCAGAGACUGGAGCUGCGGAACGGGCGGAAUUAUCUCUCGUUCUGUCUGUGUUUUAUACCCGCUCGCGGAGGCUGGAGCCAGUUGUUUGGGUUAGCUAGGCUAAGUAGCUAACGCUAACUAAGUUAGCCAGCAGCAGCCUCCUCCUCCUCCUCCUCCUCCUGCUGCUGAGUUCCGCUGGACCGGGGCUGCAGAGCCGGGAUGGUGCGGCAGAGACCGCGGGUGAGCGCGGCGGUGGCGGCGCUGCUGCUGCUGUGUUUGGUGCUGGGGGAUUCUGUGCUGGGCUGGUUUCAUCACGGCAGUCAGGGGAAAACCCAGCAGCACAGUCCCACGGGCUCGGCGGACAGCUCGGAGCAGAGCUGCCUGUGUCACUUGACCGGUGUCUUGGAUGACUGUUUCUGUGACAUCGAGAGCAUUGACGUCUUCAACAACUUUAAAAUAUUUCCACUCAUACAGAAGCUCAUCGAGAGAGACUUCUUCAGAUAUUACAGGGUGAACCUGAUGCGACCCUGUCCUUUCUGGCCUGACGACAGUCACUGCGCCAUUAAGGACUGCCAUGUGGAGCCCUGUCCAGAGAGUAAGAUUCCAGUUGGAAUUAAAUCAGGCAACUAUAAUAAGUAUUCCCAUGCUGCCAACACUAUCAGAGACAUGAAGGAGUGUGAGCAGGCUAACGAGCUGGGUGCCAUCAACAGCACACUGAGUAAUCAGAGUAAAGAGGCGUUUAUGGACUGGGCUCACCAUGACGAUGCUCAGGAUCACUUCUGUGGACUGGAUGAUGAGACGUCUCCAGAUGCUGAAUAUGUGGAUCUGCGGCUGAAUCCAGAGCGUUACACUGGAUAUAAAGGGCCGUCUGCCUGGAGGGUGUGGAAUAGCAUCUACGAGGAGAACUGCUUCAAGCCAAGGUCAGUGUAUCGGCCGCUUAAUCCUUUGGCCCCAACCCGUGGGGAUGAUGAUGGUGAAGGCUUUUACAACUGGCUGGAAGGGUUGUGUCUGGAGAAGAGAGUGUUCUACAAGCUGAUCUCUGGCCUCCACAGCAGCAUUAAUAUCCACCUGUGUGCUGAAUACCUACUCGAUGAACGCUGGGGAAAGCCUACCUGGGGGCCGAACGUUCACGAGUUCCGCCGUCGCUUCGACUCUGCUGAAACUAAGGAAGAGGGAACGCGGCGACUGAAGAACCUCUACUUCCUGUACUUGAUCGAGCUGAGGGCUCUGUCCAAGGUAGCCCCGUACUUUGAGCGCGCUUUUAUUAACCUGUACACAGGAAAUUCUCAGGAGGACUCUGUUACCAAGGAGCUGCUGCUGCAGAUUCUCAACGAGACAAAAGCGUUCCCCAUGCACUUUGAUGAGAGCUCCAUGUUUGCAGGACACAAAAUGGAAGCCAAAAGAUUAAAGGAGGAGUUCCGCCUUCAUUUUAAGAACAUCUCCCGUAUAAUGGACUGCGUGGGCUGCAGCAAAUGUCGUCUGUGGGGAAAGUUGCAGACCCAGGGUCUGGGCACAGCCUUGAUGAUCCUCUUCUCGGAGAAAGAAAUUAAGAACCUUCCAGAAAACAGUCCCUCCAAGGGCUUCCAGCUCACACGUCAGGAGAUCGUAGCUUUGCUUAAUGCCUUCGGGAGACUCUCCACCAGUAUAAAAGAGCUCCAUAACUUCAGGACCCUUCUGAAGGACCAGAGGUAACACACAUUCUGCCCACCAGGUGGCGCCAGCCCACAGAACACUGCAAUAGUCUUAUCCUUCUCAGAGUAAGGCCUUUCCUCCAUCAGAGACUUCAGGAUUGAGUCUGGCUUACAGAGCCUGACUUCCCCUCCACCUUGCUUCACUCUGCUUUACUCUGCUUCACUCUGCUCUCCGAGUAGCUGAGAGAACCACUGCAGACCAGAGUCUCACUAGCUGUCUGAUCUAAUGUGCUGUGAGCACUCAGAGCAUCACACUGGCUUUGGCUAUGAUGAAUUUUUUGCAGUGCUUCAGAGUGUUUUCAGGUUUUUCGCCCCUCUUAAAAAAAAAAGUCCCCUUGAAACGAACCACCUCUAAAUGCCUAUCUUUUUGUUUGUGGGUUUGUUUUUAAUGAUUAUAUUUAGUGUGUGUGUGUGCGUGCGCUGCGUGAGCAACUGCAGGAUUAUGUGUUUGCCAGUGAGUGACUGUUCUCUCAGACUCCAUCAAAAACUGUAAUGCUUAAUUAUUUACCUCUUUAAUAUGGUUAAUGCGUAAUAAUAUAAGAUUAAUUCUCUCUUCGUUUUAAGCGCAUUCGUGUUUCUAUGUCGGAGCCGCAAGAGCCUGUGACAGUGUUGCACCACAACAUAGCCCAAACAUGCAAAUUAAGCUUUUUGAGCCAUUUAGUUUAACCUGCAAAUCGAAUGAUGAAUAUUUUUAAAUAAUAUGUUUAGUAUAUAAAGGAGCAGCAGCAGGUCUGAAUCACACAUACAGUUGUCUCUGAAAUAAGUAAAUGUAGCAUUUACAAUUAUCAUGUUACACACCUGGCAACUCAGAACAAGCAGUUAACAGGCUUUGAGCAUUGUCUGUUUUUAACUUACUGACAAGGACAGUGUUUGUUCAUAAGUUUUCAAUUAAAGAGGGAUUAGUGAUGAAGCUUUCAAAUUGUCAAAUUUAGGGGUGGGCAGUAAGAUAAAAAAACAGUUAUUUCUUUUUGAAUAACCAGCAGUUAGUUUAUACAUUUACAUGUAAAAAAUGUUUCAUAAAAAUCCAGUUUCCAGAAUUUCAUCUUUAGCCCAAUUGUAGUCAUUUGUCCGUAACAUAAGCUGCGUUCACAUUACAAGCCACAUUGCUUAAAUCUGAUUUUUUGCUCAGAUCGGAUUUGGCUGUCUUGACGGUUCGCGUUCACAAAUGUAAGUGAUCUGUAUCUGUGUGUAAUGUUAACAAAUCUGUCCCUGAAACGCCUCACAUGCACAGACUGAUACGUGUAUAAACAUCGCC